GCUAAUACAUUUCGAAUUUAAGCAAUUCAAAAAUGCUGUUAAAUUCAAAACCCCGGCUUGAACUGCGAUUAAUAGGUCUCUGUACACACCUAGCAACCCAUCGCUAUGCUAGCAAAUCUGGCGACAAGGUCAGCAAUGAAGUGCUCCAACAAAUGGAGGAUGACUUUAAAAAUCUAUCCGAGUCCAAGUCCAAAUCGCUGCUGAAGAGGCAUCUCACCAAAGAGAUCUUUGAUAAGUUAAAGACGAAGACGACGCCAUCGUUUAACUCUACGCUACUGCAUUGCAUCAGCUCUGGAUUGUGCAACCAUGAUUCCGGCGUAGGUCUCUACGCCCCAGAUCCAGAGGCGUAUAAGGUAUUUGCUGACCUCUUUGAUCCCGUCAUUGAGGAUUACCACAAGUGCUUCAGGAAGACGGACAAGCAGCCGGCAACAUCUUUCGGUAAGGGUAAGGACUUCGAAAACCUGGAUCCCGAUUGCAACUUCAUUGUUUCCACGAGAGUGCGCUGCGGAAGAGCCAUAGUGGGCUAUCCUUUCAAUCCCUGUCUAAUGGAGAAGGAUUAUAAGGACCUGGAGAAUCAAAUCUGCGCGGCUACAAUGUCUCUCACCGGGGAGUACAAGGGUAGUUAUAUGCCAUUGACUGGAAUGGACAAAGUCGUCCAGGACAAGCUUAUUGAGGAUCACUAUCUGUUCAAAGAGGGUGAUCGUUUCUUGGCAGCCGCUGGAGCCUCUCGUUUUUGGCCCACCGGGCGUGGCAUCUUCCUGAACGACGCCAAAAACUUCUUGGUGUGGUGCAACGAGGAGGACCACAUUCGCAUCAUAUCCAUGGAGAAGGGUGGUGAUCUAGGCAAGGUCUACGACCGCAUGGUUGGCGGAGUAGAGGCACUCGGCAAGAAACUCAAGUUCAACAGGGAUGAACGCCUUGGCUUCCAAACCUUCUGUCCCACCAAUCUUGGCACCUCCAUUCGCGCCUCGGUGCACAUAAAGCUGCCCAACCUUAUGUGCCAGCCGGACCACAUGGAAGAGCUGGCCCAGAAAUACCGCCUGCAAAUUAGAGGCACAUCAGGGGAGCACUCGGAAGCCAAGGGCGGGGUACAUGACAUCUCCAACCAGCGCAGAAUGGGACUCACGGAAUACGAGAUUAUCAAGGAAAUGCACGAUGGAAUUAAGGGACUCAUAGCAGCCGAGUGUCAAGCCAAAUCCUCCUAGUUAACAACGUUUAUUUUAACUAAAAUGUCGACUAGAUUUGAAGGCAAAACUGGCAACUAUAUCUACCUCUAAAAGUGAACCGAUUAAAUACAUGUGACCAAAUAUAUAAUCUUAAUCAAAUCACGACGUUAUAAUCAUUGGGUUUUUUAUUUUUUUUUUAUUAUUUUUUAAUAAUUUUAAUUCUUUUAUAAACUUAAGACUUAAAAUAAAAGUAUUUAAAGUUUCUUUUUUUGUUUUUGCUCGACACAGAUGUCAAAAUGUUUUACAUUGUUUGGUUGUAAUUAAGCAAAUGUUUUUUGUCAAAUAGUUAUCCAUUGUUGUUGUUGUUGUUGCUGCUGCUGUGGGUGGUGUUGGUGUUGCCAGAUGGGAUCGCUGCCUGCGCCCGCAACCCUCAAAGUAUACGAAAAUGCCGAAGGUCGCCGGGCUGUAACAGGACAGCAGCUCCACACCAUCGCUACAAACUAGACAUUUUUGCAGCCCGAACCGCCCAAAAGCGACAAGGCGGACGAGCCGAAGAUUUCUAACUGUUGUUCUUGUUGUUGAUUGUUGCGUGUGCCCCGAACUAGUGGCUUCCUUGGAUGGAUGUUAACUCCGAAGGAUGCCCAUCCAGACGGGGGGACGAUGCUCGGCGG